AUGUUUUACGUACCAAGUGGCGCUCUGAGCGGAACGCCGAGCAAUGGUAGUAAUGACGGUCUCGAUGGCGCGCAAUUUUCGGCGUGCGCUUCUCGAAAUUUGUCUGGGCUAUUGGACGAACAGCGAAAGAGAGGAGUUGGCACGGCCUCACUUACAAUUACAGGUGUGUUUUAGUUCACUACAGAAAUGUUCCAUUCAGGAUAUUUACCGUAGUUAGUGAGCGUGACUGAUGUCCAAUUUUGAUGCGAUUUUCAACGAAAUACGGUUUUCCGAGAAAGAUCUGCGAAACAGUGAACUUGGUACAUGCGACGCAGUUUUUCAUAAAUGUUUUUUUUUUAAAAUAUUGGUCACAUCUGCGAGCUGUUUAUAGGUGCAAUAAUCAAAGGCUUUUAAUAACUUAGCCUAUGUUCUUUUCCAUGUAAGAAUAAAUUAUUUUAUAUUCACCAUCACGGUUUCAUAGGUCUUAACUGAAAGAGCUGAAUGGCAUGCUAUUGUUUCUUCAGCAUCACUUCUAAAGCCCUAUGAAUAUUCAGCAAUAAGCUGACAGAUACAACCAUAGUUAGUAGAGGAGACUACUAACUAUGAUACAACGUAUUGUUUGUGAAGAGAUGCAAUGUUUAUUCAAUGUAUUGAAAAAUUGCCUCAGAUUGUAAAAUUAUGUUUUGAGAUACUAGUAUCGACACAUCUGGUUAUUCUUAAAAUACAUAAGUUAAAAACGAAAAUUCAAUUGCUAACGGUUCUAAUUCUAAUGGUUAUCACCUACUCAAGUUAAUUGCAAAAUGUGCAUGUAAGACAAUUAUAAAGGCUGAUAAGAUUAUUGGAUGUGAUACUAGACUUUGUGGGGGGGAGAGAUACUACUCGCAAUUCUGAGCAGAGGGAGUCUCAAUUUAGACCAAAACAUGGCAUCAUUUUCAGAUUUGGCCCUUUGUUGCAAAAUAAUAUUAACCUUUGCAUCAGUGCGGAAAUUAAGAAUGUUUAAAACUCUCUUGAAAAUUCAGUGUUCUGUUUUGAGAUAUUGUUUUUCUAUGACUGUAUUAUGCACUCGAGUUCAAAGUACAACAACAUGGUUUGUUUAUCUCUGAUGGUUCCUUUGAAAUAUCAUGCCCAAUUUAAAACUAUAUUUGUCAAAAUCUACAUCCACUUUCCAAUCAAUGUGGCUUUAUCCUUUACACCCUAACAUCAGUAUCCAUAUUCUCUAUACUUUUCUCUAUAAAUUUCUGUUGUUACUGACAUGGAGAAUUUGUUUAACAAUCAAAGCUUCUUACAUUGGGGAUCAUUUCCUUUAUUGUCACAAUCUUAAUUAAUGAUUCAGCAGUUUUAUUGCAAGGAGAAAUUAGAUGCAAGUCACUCUUAGAGUUUGAAGGGUUAAAAACCACGCCUUUGAGGUAAUGCACAUAUUUGGGCCAAGGAGAAGUAUUUUCCCAGAGAUACUGAUGGUAUUAGUAAUUGGAAAGGUUCUCCUAACUGCAAUGAAACAGCAUACUGCAGUGUUGUGAAACUUUCCUAUUCUUUGAUUUUUGUCGAAAUUUUGGUGACAUAAGACGAAAGGCUUUUUUAUUAUCUAGACUUGUGGGAAGUAUUUAGAAUAAUCAAGAGUGUAGAUAAUCAGAUAUGUAAAUAUCAAUGAGCUUAAAAUAACACCGAAUACAUAUCAUCACAAACUCUCAAAUCAUUGUGCAUCACUGCCACAAUUUUACAAAGUAUUUACAAAAACAUAUUACGACAGCGAUGUUAUACCAUCUAAAAUGCUGUUGUAAAUCAGUUUGUUUCAAAUAGCCAGUGUGUGUGCACAUUACUAAUUCUAUCAUUCUUUGAAGCUGUAUUAAUGUAAUAGCAGUAGCAUUAAGAAUUUCUCAGGACAUCUGCUUUGUUUGGUGGGAGAAAGUAGUGACUGAUCUCAAAUGUGACCAAUUAAUAUUCAUGAAAACAUGGGAUCAGAAAAGCAAGUUCAAAAGAUCAUCAUUAUCAUUCAGUAGAAAAAUUCAGGAGAAAAUAUCAUAUCUAAAUUUGCAAAAAAAAACCUCUCUAUCUCUAAAUUAGAUGUUUUACCCUUCAACCCCCUAAAGUGACUAAUUAAAAUGUAACUUCUCCCCAUAGCAUCUGAUCAAUUCCUCCAGCAAACAGGUACAUGUAAUAAGAAUGCUCAAAGUUAUCAUGAAGAAGUUGUUAUCUUGAUCUAAUACUGAAUUCUCAGAUAAAUAUAUCAGUAUCUGGGCAACUGCCCACCUACCCCUCCCCCUAGCCCAACAUUAACCUUAAGUUGUUAUCAAUUGACUGUUGUUGAGUUAGGGGAGGGGUAGGUGGGCAGUUGCCCAGAUACUGAUAUUGAUUUGAAUUCUCUUAGCUAAUUGAGAAGGAAAUGUGUUGCAGCCUGAGAGGAGAAUUAACAAUUAGAUCUUGGCAGUUACAUGUAAAUAGUUGAGGAACUCGUGAUUCAUGUUCUAUUGCAAUUUUUUCUUCUGCAGUUGUUGAGGGGCGAAACCUUUCAGUUAUGGACCCCACAGGAAAGUCUGAUCCAUAUUGUAUAGUGAUUGUUGGCAACCAGGAGAAGCGCACGGCAGUGCAGUAUAACACCAUUGCUCCAGUAUGGCACGAAACAUUACAGUUUGAAGUCAGUGGUGUACCUCAGCUCAUGCAGAAUGAAUCAAGUGAGACCAUCCUUUGAAGUGUAUAGUUGUUUAUCACUAUUACUGUUAUUACUGAACAUUGUAAAGGAGAUGCACAGAGGAAGGUGUUGGUGUUGUGUUGUUUUGCCAGACAUGAUCUGUUUAGCCCUUUAUGCCCUAACAUCAGUAUGCAUAUUAUCCUUAUUGUUCACUAUACAUAUCCCUGGUAAUAACAAGACGAAUUUGUUUAGCAAUCAAAGAUUCUUAGAUUGGUGAUCAUUUCCUUUAUUCUUAUGAUUGUAAUGAAUGAUUCAGUAGUAUUACUGUCAGGAGAUUUAAAUGUUAGUCACUCUGAGGGUAUAUAGGGUUAAGCACUCACUGUGGUGGGCUGUAUGAACCAUUUUGUCUUCUACAAGCUGUGAAAUGAAAAUGGAUAAGCCAUUGUCAGCUGAAUUAGCUACAUGUAGUAUAUUCUUUACAAGCUGGAUAAUGAAAAUAGAUGGGCUUUACCUAAAAUCUCUUUGUAUUGACUUUUUUUGAAAAUUGUGAUUUUCUUUUAGUUGAGAAUGCCAUGAACUGUUGCCUUCAACACUAUAUCCAGAUUGAUGUGUGGGACCAUGAUACUCUCAAUCGUGAUGACUUCAUGGGUAAGAUUCAAAUCCCAGUCUCUCUUCUGUCAGAAGAAACAACAGCUUGCUGGUUCCCCCUGGGAAGAGGUUCAGCCAAAGAAAAUAUUCGUGGUGAUAUAUUUUUGGAACUGACAUUGAAGGCAUCUCAGGUAUUGGCUGAUAUUAAGUUGCACACAGUUAUUGUUAGUAGUGCAGUCAAACCUGUUACAAGCAGUUACACACAGGGAUCUCAUUAGUAAUUCUCCUUACUGUCUGUGAUAUAAUUCUUAUCAUGUUAGUUUUGAGAAUUUGGUAUUGGAUCAACUUAUAAUCCUCUAAUUGAUAUUUUUUCUUUAUUCUCAUCACUUGUCUGGAUAUUGUGUUGAUAUUGUAAGGAGAAAUUCUGUCUUGGUCACUCAUGGGAGUUAAAGGGUUAAUAAAGGUUGACUGCUUAGUACAGGUUCUACAGAACAGGAGUAUUACAACAAAGUGAUUAGGAAAAAAAUUUACAUGCCAUAAUUGACCACUCCAGAUACAAAAACUCGCUAUGCAACCAACAUUGAUUUUGGGAGAGAAACAUGGAUUAAAUUUUACUUGAAAGAUUAUUCUAAGUUUUAUUUGAGUGUUUCUGCUUAAGUGACCUUUCAACUCAGGUAGAGGACAAAACAAACAGGCUGUUGGGACUCAGUUAAGGGUAACCACUACUGUAAAAUAGAGGUGACCACUUAAUAGAGGUGAAAAUUACAGUGAUUAAGGGGAAACAAUUUGGAACUUUGAUAACUGACAGCCUAAUACAGGGUGACCACUUAAUAUGGUGCUACUUAACCCUUUAACUCCCAUAAGUGACCAAGUGAUGAGAAUAAAGAAAAAUAUCAAUUUGGGGAUAAUUAGUUGAUCUGAUACUAAAUUCUCUGAACUAACAUUAUAAGAAUUGUAUGGUUGACAGUAAGGAGAAGUACAAAUUUGAUCUGGGAGUUAAAGAGUUAAUACAAGUUCAACUUAAGUAACAACCUCCUCUAAACCUCUGACCCCUGAAGUGAUGUGAUGGGUUCACUUUUAUUUAUUUAUUUUUUUAAUUUAUUCUACUUUUUAAUACAUGAAUUUUCUUUUUAUUGUGAGUUUACUGAUAUAUUUAAAACAUUAUUUGAUUCUGUUUCUAAAGCCAGUACCAAGGUGGUGUAUGGACUAUGAGCUGUAUUCACUUUGCAAAAGGAAACCUGGAUUUGAGAUUCCUGUUGCAUUUGGAGAUUCUGUGGUUGAUUUUCCAGGUACAUGUACUGUACAAUGAAAUUUUGUUGUGGAACAUGUGUGUUUGACUGUUUCAAUAGUUAUCAGCUGACAGAGUAUUUUUAGGCCCUAUCCAUAUAAUUGUAUUUAAAGUGCUCUUUUUUGUUGCAAAUUAAACACAGUAAGAUUAUUUUCAUCCUCAUUAAAAUUUUCAUUUUGUUUUCAUCUAACCUCACAUUGAAAAUGAAAAGCUAAUCAAGAUGAAUAACAGUUACAAGCUUUAGAGCACAAAAGUGGGUGUGACAAAAUACUGUUGGAACUAUGCUGGCAUAAAUUUUCAGGCUCUAUAUAAGCAGUGAAAAAUUACACACAAGCACUUGAACUAAUCAGAAUGAGGGUGCUAUUAAUAAUCUAGCAGCAAUACUGUAUGUGCUUUUGGUUUGUUAGUUAUUCAGAUUUUUUGUAACUUGUAACUCUGGGUGUAUGUUGUAGCAUUAAAAUAAGAUUUUUUUUAACCUAAACUAUUUGUUACAGUAGGAGGCAAACUAGUUUACUGUUUACAAAGCCAAUAAAUUUCACAGAGGAAAAGAGAAAAUAAAUUCCAUGAGUAGCAGGGUAGCAGGCAUUAUGACACAACCGCCUGAUUAGAAUUCCAGCAUUUCAGCUAAAAGGCCAUGCUGCCAUCUAUAUGGUUAAUAUUUUGUAGUAGUCAUUUUGCAUCUGACAUGUUGGCAGGCGAUGCAGAAAGAGUGGAGAUGGUUAUUGAUGAUGUGGUUGUUGAAGUCAGUAAACACAGAGGUAUUGGGCGAAUGUACCUUACAAACUUCAGGUGGGCAUUAUUUGCAGUGUUUUGUAUUCAUAUAAAAUGAGUAGACAUUUACUGUAUUUUUCUAAUAACAGCUGUCCUGCAUAAAUUUACAUGCUGGCUUCUAAAUUGAUUUGUUUUUCAUUUCCUUUGCAGACUUGUGAUUCUCUGUCACUUGUCUGGUUUGACUGCAGCUGGGUAUACUUAUGUGAGUAUCUAUCAUGUUGCUGGAAAAUCUUGUGAGAGUUAAUUUUGCAUAGAAGUGUUUUUUUCCUCAUCUGGAAUAAACUCUGACUGAUAUUUCUGUUGGGAACUAGUGAUAAUUGGCAAUUGUUUUUGCUCUAGCAGCAGUGUAUUACUGGCAGUGAGGCAGUAAAGGUUAUAUCUUUAAAUUUGGUCACCACUCUAUCAUUGAAGAUGUGAGAAUUAGGUUUUGUGAUUCAGAAAAUUUAUUUACAUGUAAGGUCAGGUUUCUUCUUAUAAUUAAAAAGUAGUUGGUUUUUUUUCUGUCAAAAGUUUAUUGGCUCAGUCUGUAAAAGUGGGUAGUUUGCCAUUUUUUGCAGUGUUCUGUUCUGCAGGAUCUUUUAUUUUUUCCUGCAUGAGCCUAAUAAUGCAUAUCAAGAACAAUCCACAGAAUUUGCAAACAGUCAAUUUUCCCAAAAUUUUCAUGGUACACAGAAGUGUCAAAUAACACAUGGAAAUGUGUUCUUGGAGAUUAAAUUUUUGAUAGGAUGAUAGAAAGGACAGUAAGGCUGCAGUAUUUAUUUUAGACCUCAAUUAAAAUUGAAAUGAUUUCUAACAAAGCUUUUGUAACCCUUUGAUGGCUCUGUUGUCUGAAACCUUUUACUUGUCUACAUGAAGAAUUAGUGUUGCUUAUGAUGUAACAAAACAUGCAAGAACAUUUUGUUCUUUUAUGCAACUCAACUGAUGUUGGUGAAGAUACUGAUUAUUCAUAUUUUAUUUUUUCUUUCAUUUGGUCUCAUGUUACAGGACAUGUCUUUGACAGUUGCACUAAAUAACAUCCAGUCAGUUGACAGAGGGGAAGAUGAAAAAGUAAGUUUCCUUAAGUUGAAUUUAUCAUAAACAUUUUCAUCUAUUUUCUUUUAACUACAUUGGAGGCAGGAGUGUAGAAAGACCCUAGAAUUAAUUCGUAAAUAACAUUCAUUCUGAUGUCAUAUUGCUUUUUCUGUGUGAUGUGAAGCUUCUCAAAGCAAAAUUUUGAUAAGAUACUCUGUGGGCUGCCUAAAACUGUACUGAGGUUGCUGCUGAAUUUCACCACCUAAUGGCCUCAUUAUUUCCACAAGAGCAGGUAUUGGCCCUAUCCCUCCUUUCAGAAAUCACCUUACGGUAUCAAGUGGAUAUGCCUUUACUGUAAAACUAGCUUUGUUUUCCCUAUAGAUCACUAUGGAGUACACUCUGUAUGAGAUGUGCACUUUACUUCAGAACACACCCACAAGUAACUGUAAGACUUAUUAUGAAAUGAAAAAAGUGCAUGUAAAUAAAACCAAGAAAGGAAAUUAGUUUGAGAAUUGAGAUCUAUAUAUGUCAACAAAACCUGUAAUUAAGAACAUGCCCCUUUUUGUUGUUAGAUCCCGCACUCUGUUUUCAACCUUUGAUUUUUAAUAAGUUAUUUGGCUCAACGCUUCUGAGGUUGAUGGAUAAGUUAUCAGCACCCCCAAUGCUUAAACGCAUAACUUCUCCUUUCUGUCUUUCAUGAAGGUUGUUUCAAGGACUGUUAGAGGCAAUGCUGGUUUCUCUGAUGUGAAGACCCUGACUAUAAGAUGUUGGGAUUUCCGCACAAUCCGGCUAAUCUUCAUGAGGAAACCUCAAUACUUGCACAGCUUUUAUAUGCCUCCGGAUCCAGGAAGUAUGCAGUCCAGUCCAGAUUCUAUUCUUGCUUCACUACAACCCAGCAAUGCGGAAUGUGUCAAAGACUCAAGCCUACCGUCAACAGGUUCGGAGGGAGAAGGCACUGAUGGUGAGACGACCGGUGUUAUGGAAAUGGCUUUCCUUUGAUUCUCCAAAAUAAUUUUCCAUUCUGGAAAUAUCCCGCGAAGUAAAACGCCGCAAAAAUAUAUCACCUUCAGUCUAUGACAAAGGAAUGUGUCCCACAAUGGUUAUUGUUCAAAACAUGCAAAUGACAGACUGAUUCGUUCCUGAUCCCUACUGAGAAUUCAGAUAUUCUUUAUCUCACGUUCGUGUUUUGAGAUUUUUAACACCUUUUUUUUUUUUGAGCAGUUUUCAAUUUUGAGCAGCGAAAGUAACGCGGGAUUGCAUUGGUUUUGCUUAACUGUGAUUGGUUUGGAAAAUGUGUGCUACUCUUUCUACCAAUCAAAUACAUAAUUAAAACCGGGCGCGUUUGGUCACUCGCGUUUUCCCGCCCUUAUUUUUAAUUUAUUUAUUUUGAGUUUUUAUUGGCUCCUUGUGUUAUCCUCCUUUCUUCUGAUUGGCUGUUUCUAAAGAAAUUGUUCACCUUAACGCUGAUUAUACAUUAUGUACAACAGGGAAACAACCUUCAAACCAAUCUCAACCAACAGACCUUCUCGCGGCAAAUGAGUCUGCGGGAAACCUCACACGACCCAGCAGUUGCAGCAGUUUCCGGAUCCUGUCACGCAGUAGCAGUAGUAGCAGCAGUGUGGCGGGUGUCAGCUCACACGGGUCUGAUGGUCCACAGCUUGUUCCUCAAGGUACCUCAGGGGUGUUGGGUCCAGGAUUAUUAGCAGCGGCACUCAGCGGUGUUGGAUCAAUGAGUAAUGCAUCGGAGAGAUUGAAGACUGAGUUGAUACCGGCCUCCACGUGAGUGCAAAUAGAAUAACUUGGUAUACAAAUAGUUCCAAAACGAACCUUGUUGAGGCUGAAAACGUUUUCUCCGUGAUCAUGUUCUUUCACGGUUUUCUCCUUCGGGAAAAACUUCGUACGCGCGCUAGUUUCUCUAAACUCCUAGCAAACUACACAUCAGAAGAAAGCUUAAUAAAUGCAGUUUAUGAUAAAAAUAUAAUUCAAGUGAGUUUUAACGUCAUUGUCUGCAUAAAGAGCAAGUUUCAAAUGAAAGUCAAAAGUAUUCCGAGGUUGCUGUGCUUUUACUCUACUUCGCUCUGUAAUUGGUGCACAAAACUCGCGUCAUUUUCUCGACCAAUUAGAUUCAACGCUCGCGUUUUCCCGCGCUACAGGGUAGAGGCCAUUUUCGGUAUAUUAAAAUUCCAAUUUGGCUUCGAGGCGGAAUAACACAAAAGAAAUCACAUCGAGAUAGAGGGAUGGAUUACUAAUUUCUUUUGUCUUGUUCCCCAUAGCCUCGGAGCCAUGUUAGAAUUUUGAUAUAUCAGAAAAGGCCUAUUUGCUUGGUUUUACUCUGAGUUCUCAUUGAUUCCCGGUGAUAUCUUCCUUCGUUCUGAUUGGCUGUGGUGAUUGCUUUGGUUUCGGUCUUACGACAUUCAAUCAAAAAGCACUCUAUUGAUGAUAGUGAACCCUGUUUCAGGCAUAGUGUUUCAACAAUUUGACAACAAUCGUAAGAUAAAUCGUUUUGUUCUCUAUUUUUUGCAGAUUUUUAAAUCUUUACAUUAGUGUGUUUUAUCAAAGACUAGAAUACGUGGCCAUGAAUGCUGUUGAUAAUCCUCCAUCUCUGCACUUUGUUAAGUGAGUAAAUUUUCGUCCGUAUUAUUAUAACUGUUACUGUCGUCAUGGAACUCGAUUGUGUGAUGCAGUCACACAGUGAGAGAUUUCAAAUACGUUCGACCGCCCGGUAAGUAAAGUCCUUAGGAUCAAUGCCAGUAGCUGUGUUACUGCGCAGCUUCUCCUCCUCUAACCCAACAGUAGUGUACCAAUAUCAACCUAGGGUUAAUGUUUGGUUAGGGGAGGGGUAGGUGCACAACAUGCUCAGUUACAGAGUGAAAUCAGAACAACUGGUUAUUGUAAUUUAGAGGUCGUUUUCUUCAGAUUCGGAGAAUUUCCCAGUUGAUGGUAGAUUGUCAUUUUUGGGGGGGACAAAAAGGUAUUGUGUUACAAACAUGAAUGUUAACAUCACAAAACGAAUUCCUUCGUGUUCGAUGCCAACCGUAGUCGCAAUAAAGAAUGAAGAAGCUUAGUCGAAGUGUAAAUUGUCAAGUCAGCAUCAAUGGGAAUCCAGUCGUCCAAGGAAUGUCGAAAAUCUUGCAGAUUUCCUCUCUUCUGGGAAUUCAAUGGAGGAAUAUCUAUAGUUGGCAUCGAACCCCCCCCCCCCCCCCCUCUCCUAACUGUAGUAAACGGUUGGUUUUCAAAGUCCCUAGUUCUUUCCCUUUAAACACUGUAAUUUUUACCUCUAUUUAACAGUCACCUACAUAAAGCGGUUGUGGUCACCCAUUACCGAGGGGUUUGUUUUUAGUCUAUCUGUUUUGAUCGGUCACUUAAAGCGGGACCAUUCAAAUGAAAGUUAGAAUAAUAUUUUUCAACUAACUUAAUUAACUAGCUGUGGAAUAAUUUUGGAGGAAUUCAAGAUAACUUUCUUCUUCUCACCCAGAAUACUGCCAAGGGACACAGAACUAAGCGGCUGGAGUGUGUAUGACUUCCAUGAGGAGUUUGCAAGGCAACAGGUAUGUCCACGUGGAGAUCCCAAACGGGAUCACUCGGGUAGAUCUCUUUCUUGACUAUGAAAAUUGCAUCUCGGUUGAAUAAACCACCUCGUAACAGUAAUGCCUUUACAAUGGAGUGAAACAAGCUAUCAUUAAAAAGUUUGUGAUCAGCACCCUGAUCUGACAUAUGUAAAACACUUUCCAUCAGUGAAAUCUUUUUCUAGUGCACAGUAAUUCCGAUGUGAUGACUCCUUUGUAACAACGAACCAUGUUGUGUGCUGAAAAUUCAUUUGUCAAGGGAACACAACGUCGCUUAACCCCUUUAUAUGGACUCGUUUUCCCACUCACCAUGUCUUGGUAUCGGGUUUUGAUGUUUGAUUUGUGUUGAAAUAUUUUGAUGAGCCCAAACAUAGUGAAGUGAUGAUUCUUAGAUGAAAAGAUCCUUUAAUUUUGCUGUAGGUCUCUGACAAAUGGCGUGUCAGUUUAAUCAACCAAGAGUUUCUCCUUUGCUCAUCGUACCCGCCACUGUUUUAUGUUCCUGGAGAAAUACAGGUGAAUAAGGUUACGUCUGCUCUUUUCCUGAGAGCAUUAAAAACGAAACGUUUUUUUCUCUGUUUUCAAAAUAUACGGGUCUACUCGUAGCGUAUACGAUUUGUCGUCGUCUGUCCACACGUACUCGAAAACCUUUGUUGGGGUCCGUUCACGCUCUCUUAACGAAAUCAACACUGAGGAGUGUUUUUGGAGGGCUAAGGCGUAUAGAAGAAAUCUCCGUUUUCAACAAUGUUAGUACGUGGGAUCUUAAUUUUUGCCUCAAUCAACUCUGAGGAGCGUUUUUGGAAGGGUAAGCGUAUAGAAGAAAUCUCCGUUUUCAACAAUGUUAGUACGUGGGAUCUUAAUUUUUGCCUGAUUGGUUGAAAUUCAAUUUAAGUGAUUAGGGACAGCGUAGUUGUUUAAUAGAAGUUAAAUAGUCUAAGAAGUUCAGAACAUUCUGAACCAUGUCCGUAGCUCCGUGUUAGAGAUUCGGCGUGGGUUCACCCGGUGAUUACUUUUCCUAUUCUUUGUCAACAGGAUUCUACACUGAAAGAGUGUGCUGCAUUUCGAAGCAAAGUAAGUAAAUGUAGUGCUUCGUUUAUCUUCUUGUUACAGUCCUUGUCAGGAACACGGACUUGUAGUAAUGUAACGCCGUUGGGCCUCUUGAAAUAGAAACACGUAUCUUUGCAUUUCGUGUUUCGUUAGUUAUAUUUCGCCAUCUCUCGCCCAACAUGUCACUUUUUGGCAGCUUUGGUAGCCACACAUACAUCGUGGAAGGACGAAGGGAAGGGAAAGGAUAUAUCUCCCUCUCUCUUCUUGAAAUAGUAGAAAGUGCUCCAGACUUUCGUCUCUACAUGUUUGAGUUUUUUUGCUUAUUACUAAUAUUUACUUCAGGCGUGGUUAAAGGAAAUUAAUCACAAGUUUUGCCGUAUUUGUUUUGUAAUAGGGCCGUCUUCCAGUCCUGUGUUGGUACAAUUUCAAAAAGGGUAAUUUUAUUAUGCGUUGUGCACAGCCGAAGACUGGACCUGCUUUUAAGGUAUGUAGACUUAUUUGUAGUUAGUGAGAAAUCAAAAGUCUCGUUCAUUUUUGUAAAGACCUCCAUGUUAACGAUGAUAUUGAAGCGACCGAACGGACGCUCCAUGGAAAGUUAGUAUUAUCACAUGUCUAUCGAAACCGAGCGCGUCAUUUUCUCAACGGUUAUGUUUGACCCAAAUUGACCAAUAAGGAAGCAGAAUUUUAUUUUGUCAUCUUAAAUUCCAAUCCCUCGUUCUUUUUGGUCUAUAGCCCUUACGUGAGCCAACCUACCGCUUGGUUAUUGGCUAUACACUUAAAACGGCUUGCUUGACUUAAUUAAGUUAGGCUGUUAAGAUGUAUUUAUUUGUUUUAAGUCGUUUGCCUUUCUAUGUCUCUGUGAAAUGAAUGACAGAUAGACAAACAGACGGUUUCUAAAAAAAUUGUGAUGCAUUGGCGAGUAACAUAUAGUUAAUUAAAGAGUGAAAGUUAUAAACUGCCAGACUGACAGACGGACCGACGGAUAGACAGACGGACAGACCGACAAAUAGGCACACAAGCAGAGAGACACAAAGACCGACUGGUAGGAACACAGGCAGGCAAACAGAUUUACAGACCAACAGAUAGGAACACAGACAGACAGACCGACCUACAGAUAGGUACACAGGCAGACAGACAGACAGACAGACAAAUAGACAGACUGACAGAUAAGCACACAGACAGACAGAUAGGCACACAGACAGACAGACCGACAGAUAGGCAGAUAGGCAUAUAGGCACACAGACAGAUAGACUGACAGAUAAGCAUACAGACAGACAGUCAGACAGACAGAUAAGCACGCAGACAGACAGACAGACCGACAGAUAGGUAUACAGGCAGACAGACAGACCAACAGAUAGGCACACAGGCAGAUAGUCAGACUGACAGAUAAGCACACAGACAGACAGGCAGACAGAUAAGCACACAGACGGACAGACUGACAGAUAGACACAGGCAGACAGACAGAUAGAUGGACAGACAGACCAACAGAUAGGCACACAGGCAGAUAGACAAACUGACAGAUAGGCAUACAGACAGACAGACCAAUAGAUAGGCACACAGGCAGACAGAGACUGACAGGUAGACGGACAAGGAAAGAAGGGCAGACCGACAGACUGACACGGACAUUUAGACGCAUAGCUCAUUUCCUCAAUUUUAUGUUGCCUUCUUUCAGAACUCAAUUGAUGAUGAACUUGUCAUUAGCACUGCUAGGAAGUGUAACAAAUUUACAGAUAAGCUGGUAAUCUUUGAUGCAAGGUCCAUGUUUGCAGCUGGUGGUAACAUGUUGAAAGUAAGUUAGAAUUUGAACGCCUGUCAGCUGGUGACGCGUCAGCUUUAAAGCCAUUCGGCUUAAAUAUUAUGCUCCGCUGUGAUUUGAGCAUUUUGAUAAUGUAUUGCUUCACCGAUCCACUGUCCUAUCGCUCUCUUGUUGUUGUGUUUCUUGAUUAUAGUCAUCCCUGCCUCCAAGAUUUUGCUUUUACUGUCUCCAUUGUUUCGGUUGAACUCACUCACUCAAUUUUCAUUAUCUCGUGUGGGACUUAUGCUAAGAUCAAUCUCCUCAUCAAUUAUUCUACAUGGGCGCGCCGAAAAUGAGAUCAGAUAGCAAACGUCAUUGCCACAUGUAAAUAAAUUCUGUUGCGCACUUAGCAAAUAAAAACUUCUUAAUUUUCCGUUAAAUACGUUGAAAUAUUUUUUAUACCGAAGUUAGUGGCUUUUUUUGGCGGAUGAGGGAGUCGCAUUUCUUAUUAGUUCUGUGAUUUCUUAAGUUGCCAGUGCUUCAUGGCUUACUCACAGAAAUGUUUUUCUCACUUCGCUGACGAAUUCAUUGACCUUUUUAGUCGGAGCCUGGUUAUGAGCUCGGAGCUAGUUUACAGGCAUGAUCGAUUCUCCAUGCGUGGUUGAUUUGAACAACUAUCACAAAUCACGUACUUAAACUACUAGGAUGUUGUUAGGUAACAUUAUUAUACACAUGUAAUAUGUCCUUGUUACAGGGAAAGGGAACAGAGGACACAGUAAACCGAUACCAGGGCUGUCAAUUGUUGUUUCUUGAUAUUCCUAAUAUUCAUGCUGUGAGAGACAGUUUGUACAGACUGCAAGGUGUCUGUGAGUCUUCGGCACAAAAGAAAUGGCUGUCUCAUUUGGAAUCCACACAGUGGUUGGCUUACAUCACUUGCAUACUAAAGGUACUGUCAUGUUGACUAUUGAACUUAAAAAACCUUUUUUUUUUUUACCUCUUCCCAUCGUCCAAGUACUAAUACACUAAUGGUAUUUGUUUUUCCAUUUAGGACUGAAACCCUCUUUUGAGCAAUCAAAAUCUCAGUAAACCCGCUCCUCUAUGACUUACUGACGUGACAAAUUUUUUGUUCCAUUUUAUCCUAAUUGUUUUGAUAAAAAGUUAAAUUGUCAUUAAAAGUUGAUGCCUUUUUGGAGAAUGAAGAAGACUGUGGCUUAAGUUCUUUCAUUUAUCACCCCUCUACCCAGUUCAGGAAGUCGCCACCGGUCAAACAAGUUGCCGUUAAACUGAUGAAAAAGUCUAGCAUCGUAGAGAAUUGUUGGUACAAAUGGUAAACAAAAACCGAAAUUGCUGGAAACAAUUGCAAGCAUUAGUGCUGUUUAAAUUUCACGUUAGGCGCCAAAUUUGAUCGCUUGAAGUCACACAGUUUACAACUAGAAAAAAAUAAGCUCCUUUGUUUGCAGGAAUUUCUCGGGGAUCGUACAGAUAAUACUGGUUUUACGAUCAAACAUGACGGCGCGCAGAAACUUCCAGUUCUAAAAAGUGGUUCUUCAUUUUGAUUUUUCCCACACUCAAUAUUUAAUUUCCAUUUGCGCUAGGAAAUUUUAACUUUAAAGAUUAUUUUCGUCAGUUUAACGACACUUGGUUCCAUCAGUAGGGGUCUUUCCGAUGUCAUGUUUAGAGGUGUUUUUUAUUGUGAUUUCAUUUUUUCCGCCGUAAACUGUUUGUUUACUGUGUCUACUUGUUUGCUCUAGGGUGCCGUGACGAUAGCGCGGUUUGUUGAUAAGGGAGCCGCUGCCCUGGUGCACUGCAGUGACGGGUGGGAUCGAACGUCACAGCUGACGUCACUAGCUCAGCUCCUUCUGGAUCCGUUCUACAGAACAAUAACAGGAUUCCAGGUACACGUGUCAUACUCUCGCACUUUAUUUUAAAACCUAAAUUUUAGAAGAGUGGUUUUUUUCAAUCGCAAAGAAAAUGAUCAAAUGUUUCUUGGAGUAUACUUCUCCUCUUACAGAGUUCAAAAUAACUUUGAACGUCUCCAAUUCAAGGUUCUUAUAGAAAAAGAGUGGAUAUCUUUUGGUCAUCGGUUCCGUGAUCGGCUUGGUCAUCCAUCAUGUCCUAGUCAGCGGUCGCCCGUGUUUUUACAGUUCUUGGAUUGUGUAUGGCAGGUCAGUUGAUUAAAUUGACGCGAAAUUAUUGUUUGUCUGUUUAUGUAUUUCUGAUACUCCUCUUAAAUGUUUCCCUCCUUUUUUCUGGUAAAAAAAUGCCUUUUAAGCUUUCUUAACCUUACUACUUGCCCUUAAAUUUUGUGGAACCCAUUUUCUGUUUUUUAUGCGAUUAAGUGGAUCAUAUGUCUUUGUUUGAUUGUUAUUGUUUUCUUUCUACCUGGUUUGUCACAUGAUUAUGGGCUAGUUUAGGAACUAACCUCACAAACCCUCCUUCGUCGCUGAUGUUACUUAGGCUUGUUUUGUGCCUUUCAGAUUGUGCAACAAUUUCCUAGUGCUUUCGAAUUUACUCCGCUGUAUUUAGUUAGAAUAGCAGACCAGGUUAAUUCACAAUGGUAAGUAGUUGUUAUUUGUUUGUCACGGGGGAUGUUUUCUUCCUCGACCCCAUUUACCGUUUCUUUCCCUUCCCUCUCCUCCUUUUCCACCCUUUCUCCCUCUCCUUCCUCUCUACAACCCUUUCCCUGUAGACUUCCCCCUACCCAACAUUCUCUCCUUUACUAAAUGUUUUUUCUUUCUUCCUUGCCAAUUUCGUGUAUCCUGAUUUAAGGUUUGGAAAUUUUCUUUGUAAUAACAUGAAUGACCGAAAAAAGCUUCUGGUUUCAACCUUAACCUUAUCACUAUGGGCUCACUUAAGAGCAGAUGAAGACGCCUUCCGAAAUCCAACUUACAGGAAAUAUAACGAGGUAAGACUGCAAUGCACGAUUUAUGCACCGGAACAGUUUUCAAGCAUAACAUCCCUAAAACGUUUCUACAAUAGUUUUACAACCCAAGGAAAUUCCCAUUUCCCCACAUACUAUUCACCGCUUUUGAAGUUUGUUUCUUGGUUUGUUCCUUCCUUAGUAUGUUUCUUAGAUAAAGGGGGGGAGUAAGUUUCUAAAGAAACUAUGGUGCUGCGUCGGUGGGAGAGUAUAACAAGGUAAUUUAGAAUUAUUAAAUGAGGUGAUAACGUUAAUUCGCACCGUAGAGAGUUUCAAAGCUGACGUUUCGAGCGUUAGCCCUUCGUCCGAGAGAAUAGCGAAGGGCUAACGCUCGAAACGUCAGCCUUGAAACUCUUUACGGUGGCCAAUUUAUGUUAUCAACUCAAUUGAUAAUACCAAAUUACCCUUAGUAAGUUCCUUAGUAUGUUAUUUCCUUCGUUCAAACACCACACGCUCUCGGAGGAAUUGAGGCAUUUUGACUUUCAAAAUUCUUUACAGUGUUUUAAAGACUUAUAACUCUCUAAGAAAAAUACCUUUUGGAAGUAAAACCCUUGACCUUCUUAAAAAUGGUAAGAGAGCACUCCUAAUGGGGGUCAAAGAAAAACAUGACGAGCCAUGUUACGGAUACUGAUUGGAAUACCGUUGAACUUACCCACUCUUAACCCGGAGGACGUUUUCGAGCCAUGUCCCGCUCUUAUUUACUGAGGUAGUAGAAAAAAAGGCAUUAGUCUGACUGUCUCCCUGGUCGCAGUUGUUCUUCUUCUUCGUCGUUGUCGUCUUCUCCUUUUUUUCGUAUUGUGACAGGGCCACUUUCAUAUUUCCUUUCCUUUCCUUUCCUUUUGCAGACAUUAUUUCCCGUGUCCAACCCAAGAAGACUUCAGCUGUGGGUAGACUACUUCUUAAGAUUCGACGAGACAGCUUGGUCCACACAGGAUCCGGCCAUCCAGGAUGACGAGGGAGACGCGGAGGUAAGGGCGCACCUCGGGGUGGGGGGAGGGGCGGUUGCGUUCUACUUGCUGGGCUAGUCAGAGGGAGCAAGCAUCUAUGGAAUUAAGAAUCAGAUAGUUCGGAAGAAAUAAACUUUCCGCCCAUUGUACAGUCGUAUGGCUGACGCUGUCGAAGACAAGAGCAGUCAGGCCACGCUCAAGUGGAAAUAAGGAUUAAAAAAACAAGAGAGGUUGAUCAGAAUUUAUCGUCUUUAUUACGUUUGAUGAUUUCAGCCUGUGGUUACCAAGCCACUGGACUCAGUUAUAUGGGUCCCGGAUGAGCGAGCGCGGGAAUGUGCCGACUGUAAGCAGAGAUUCACUCAGUUCAGAAGAAAGGUAUUUAAGUUCGCUCACCAAUUUUCUUAACUUAUGCGCCCGCUCUUCUUUAAAAUCCUACGAAUAGAACUUGAAAAUUCAAACUUUCAGACUUCAGUGGCUGCUGUAUUUGAAACAAAUGCUGCAACUUUGAAGGAAUCAAAUGGUAAACACGAAACCUCUGUAAAAAGCUGUGAACCUAAACCAAGAAUAUGCAUUAAACUUAAGGUUACAAUGAAUAACCCUUUAGGCCUCUGUCUCCUUUUACAAUGUCUUCCUCGAUUCCUCAAUUCAUCUGGGAGCGAAUUGUUACUCCUUUAACAUUUUUUGUUAGCAAUGGCUGAAUUAUGAUGACUGUCAUUACUAACUUGUGUUCUUGUUAAAAUUUCUUUGUAAUCAUUUACAUUUAUUUUUCUUCUUCUUUCCCUUUGUGACACCCGCUGGACAGCAUCAUUGCAGGUGAGCAGUUCGUUACCCUUUGAGAGCUAUCUCUUGAUCCUUUCUCAAGGACUAAACAAACUUGUGUCCUAACGUAAUGUGAUAACUGAAUUAUAAUUAACAAUUAGUUGGCCGAGUCUCGAGUUCUAUCAAGAGCUGGCUUGUCCCGAAGAGGCAGUCAUCAGAGUAGUUGUAUUCAAGCGUGCGCCAUGUUUUUGGUAAAACGUUAAUAGUACCCUACUGAAGAACGUAUUUCCAUUAACCUAACCAAAGAAAUUACAAGGACCACUCAGAACAAUUUUUAAUAUUGCGAUGAGCUAAUAAGAAGUGAAAUGAAAGUAAAAACAGGCAGACUCUCUGAAGCGGCGGGAAACACGAAGAAAAAAGUCGCAAUUGGUUCAAUUUGUUGUGAGGGUAACGCGAUUUUUAGAGACCACACAAAUCACAGAUCGCAUUGAAGCAAAGUCAGUGUAAUCCUGGUUUUCCUUCGACGCUCAAUUGAAAAUUGCUGUUUUUGAGCAGUUUACUUUCAAUGGGCUUUAGACGUAGAAUCCCUCCCAUCGCCCUUUACCGUAAUAAGGCUGAGAAACUUCAAGAAAGUUUUUACAGGGCUAUCCGAAAAGUCAUAAUUAUGCGUACUUUUUUUGCUCUGUAGAGCAUGUGGUCAAGUAUUCUGCAGUGAAUGUACAAAACAGAGAAUUCGCCUACCUCAGUUUGGUUACAUGAAUCCUGAAAGAGUAUGCGAGAACUGCUUUCAUCAAAACAACAUCAGACAAGUUGACGAAGAGGUUAGUUGGUAUUUUGUUAUGCUAGUAACUUAGAUUUGUUCCGUUUUUGUUGGUGUUGUCGUCGUUGUUGUUUUCGUUUUACCUUCUAUGCAUGAAUAUGACAGAUACCCUCACCGUGAAUUGAGUGACUGGUUUGAUUAACGGUAACUUUCAUGAGGCUUACUUGACGUUCGUUUCGUUUUUCUUUGUAUGUCUGUUUGUCUGUCCACGUGUAUGACUGCUUGGUUUUUUUUUUUUUUGUUUUUUUUUUGACACACGAGAUAUGACGUCCGACAUUAUUUUACCAGCUGUUUAUCAAACGAAGCGAUGGUUAUUAAGGAAGCGCAACCUGAGCCGAAAUCGUUAGAAAUUGUGGUACUGUUGUCUUGUAGUAAAUGUGAAAUGUUAAUGUCGAUUGUAAAUGCAAACUUUGUGGCUUUAAGAGACGUUGAAAUUGCUUCGUGGAGCACGUUUAUGACCCUUUAAUGUCUUCAAGAAUUCUUGAACCUUUUCUGUAAAGUUUCAGUAAGUUGACUAGAAGGCCAUUUAACAAACGUUUCAAGAAGUAACUCAAUUUUCGGUCAUUCUACGGGCUGAAAUAUGUAUCGCCAACCGAAAGCAUCGAAUAUUUUAAAAAAGGACUCCUAAAAGGGAAACAGAACAACAGGUAGCAGCAAGAACUUGAAUUGGUACUCAAUGAAAUGAUCGCAAGUUUAAGAAACUAAAAAUCAUAUUGUGAUAUUCUGUACAGGAUGAAGAUGAAUUUGAGGUGAUCACUCUUCCAAAUUUCCCAAGGUAAAGUUUCCUGGUAAAGUACGAAGAAAUUUGUUGAAACUAAGAUCUGCGCAAAACUCUGAGAUAGUUCAUCUGAUAAAGGACAUGACCUAAAAAAUGGAGAUAGCAGUCAACUUUCACGAAAUAGAAUUGUGAUCGCGAAAUGUCAGCUCAUGGCCUGGAUUUGCAAGGAGCCUUUCUAUGGGGAACCUAUUGCUAACAACAUACACGAAGUAUUUAACAUGUCUAACAAGAAAAUAUUAUUUAACAUGGUAUAUUUUUUAAACCACGUAAAUUUAGAAGAAAGAUUUCAUGUUGCCGUGCGUCUGUAUUGCAUUGUAUCUGUAUUUUGCGAUAUUUAAACAGGCUGGCCCAGUUUAGCUCAGAGCUGGUUUAAACGGAAGCCUGUGUAAACAAUGACAAGGCUAGACCACAACACAGGGAGCUAUGUUCCCUACUCUUUGGGAGAAAUGAGUAGCUUCUUAACGUCCCGUGCUAACCAUCACAGAGAAAAGACAGGAGACCGGGGUCUAUGACUUAGCGUCCUUAUAGACUGGAAUGUCUAACCAUUUGCCGUUGUCAAAACAAAAGCAGCACAUUCUCCUCGAUUAUUUUAACAGCCUGAAUGUUGGUCUGUUCUGCGGCUUGAACCCUCGACCUCCACCACGCCAGUCCGGCGCUAAGUAAGCGCGGUGUCCAGUAAUAGAUUACAGGUUAGGUCAAAAUGUGGUAAGAACAAAAAACUGGCGCGUGAGGCGCAGUGUCACUGAUGUUCUUACCAUAUUUUGACGUCUUCUGUAAUCGGUUACUUUACAGACGCACGGCAACAUGGAGAAUUUUGUUUAAUAUAAUAAAGAAGCAGACAAUUGUUUAUGGCGACGUCAUGUAUGCGUCUGUCCUCCGAAAGAUUAUAAGAAAGAACCAAUCAAAUUGCUAAUGUGAUUAAGCUUAUUGUAGAACUAGCUGUAGAAAAUUCUGAGGCAGAGUAACUGCAGUUGCAUGCUAUGAGAAUUUCAUUUUUUAUCGAAUUUAUCAAGAAUAAUUUUUACAAAUAACUGAAUAUUUAAAUCAUUUUAAUGGACACCCUUUGAUGAAGAAAAGGCUUAUGUAAGCGAAUUUCAGGAAAUUUUGUAUCCUGUAAAGGGGUUUUCUUUAGUAUGGCCGGUAACCAGGUAACAUUUCUUGUCAAAGUGAUAUUUUAAAAAAAGCAUCACGAAAUUUUGUAACCUGACAUAAAUAAUUGGUAAUUACAUAAUUUCUGUUUCCAAAAUAGUCAAAUCUCAAUCUAGAUACGCAAUAAUUAUUUUGCUUUUUGUUCGGAAAUAGAAUAAGAAGUCACAUUAAUUUGGGAUUAUAACAAGAAUGUAGAGUUAUCAAUUUAUCAUGAAACUGUAUGAUAUUGUAAUUUUAAAAGUUUUUUCAUUUGUGAUAAACUGUAAAUUAAAUCAAAGCAAGUUCAGGGGAACGAAAAUCCGUUUGACGCAUCUAUAACUCCGCAACCGAGCUUCAAAUUUCUAAUGUGAAUAGGGGACACCAUUGCUGCACUGGGGAGGGGAGGAGAUGGAACUGAGUGGAAGAGAACGGGGGAGGGGAGGGGAGGGUACAAGGCUGACGGUAAACGUGAAAUCAAAUAGGGACUUACAUCCCACCCUCUCUCUCCCCUCCCCUAUAAGUAUGCCGAAGGUGUACUGUAUGGUGAGGGAGGAAGAAAGUUCGAGUUCUGUGUUUGUGUAAAGUGAAAGUUUAUGAAAUUAUUUUGUGACGAGCAUGAGUUCAAAUAAAACUGUCAAGCUGAUUGUUCAAAUUUUAACUUUUUACUGACCCAUUGCAGAAAUACAC